AUGGAGGGUGAUUUGAACCUCUCGCAGGCGCUAGGGGGGCUGCGGAUUGCAAAUCAGACAGAAGACUCGCCUCCCCCGUCACCCCGUACGGGAACUUCGUCAAACUCAAACAACACUUCUACUAUUCACAUCCCAGAUCUUCACUCCUUUUAUUCUCACCAAAACUACUCUGCAAAUUCACCAACAAGCAAUGCGCCAGCUGGGAGCCAGUCUCCAAGCUCAUCUUUUGUCGGGUCGCAGCAUUCAGUGCCACCGCCUCGCUCUACAUACCCCCCACCCACUCCGCCGUCAAGAUCGAAUUCCCAGUUUGCCCCAGGGCCAUAUCAAUCUAAUGCAUCCUCUGGCUACCCCUCGCAAAACGUUUCGUCCUCCGCGUCAAUCAAUUCGAAUCCUCAAAUGUAUCCCGACUAUGCUCGCAUGACUCGUGAGCCCUCGCGAGGAUCAUUAUCAGGCCCUUCUGGAGCAGCUUCUAGACAGACACAAAGAGAGCGUUCCAACACAGACAGGUCCUACCGUCAAUCCCAUCCAACAGUGAAGAAAGGGGUUAAAGAUUUCAACUUUGGGAGAACUUUGGGAGAAGGAAGCUACAGUACUGUUGUUGCUGCUACUGAUCGAACAACACUGAAAGAAUACGCCAUUAAGGUCCUUGAUAAACGACACAUCAUCAAAGAAAAAAAGGUCAAAUACGUCAAUAUUGAGAAAAACACCUUGAAUAGGUUGGGGGAACAUCCGGGGGUAGUACGAUUGUAUUAUACAUUUCAGGACGAGAGAAGUUUGUAUUUUGUGCUAGAUCUUGCGGCGGGUGGUGAGCUUUUAGGUUUCCUGAAAAGGAUGACUACUUUCGAUGAAGAGUGCACUCGGUAUUAUUCUGCACAAAUUUUGGACACAAUUGAGUAUAUGCAUAUAAAAGGCGUUAUUCAUCGCGAUUUGAAACCCGAAAAUGUACUCCUCGACGACCAGAUGCGCGUCAAGAUAACGGAUUUUGGAACCGCCAAGAUUCUUGAUCCACCAGAAAAGACAGGGGACGGAACGAAUGGGGAUUCAGCUAAUGGUGCAGGUUCAUAUCCUAAUGACCAAACAGAAGGUGAUGACGCGAAAGCAAAUUCAUUUGUGGGAACGGCAGAAUAUGUUUCUCCGGAACUUUUGACUUACAAGGCAGCUUGUAAGGCUUCUGAUUUGUGGGCAUUUGGGUGUAUAGUCUUUCAGUUACUCUCUGGACGGCCACCUUUCAAGGCGGGGAAUGAAUAUCAAACGUUCCAGAAAAUUGUCAACCUGGAAUACGAAUUUCCAAAAGGGUUUCCCCCGGUGGCGAAGGAUUUGGUUGAAAGACUGUUGGUAUUGGACCCUGCGAAAAGGCUAAGCAUAGAACAUAUCAAAAACCACGAAUUUUUUGAAGGGGUUGAGUGGGGUCGAAAACUUUGGAAACAGAAGGCGCCGAGGCUAAAGCCGUACGUCGCACCACCAACAGAAGCAAAAAUAAUCAAACUUGACGAUUAUGCCUCCGCAUCUAACUCCUCAUCUCACCGGAAUGGAGCAUCAUCGAAUGGAGGGCCACCGGGCUCUAGGCCUCAGCCUCCUCGUGUUAUCACCGAACUGGCACCACCAAGCCAGCUUGAUAUUGAAUGGUCUCCAGUUUUGACUAGGUCUAAUGAGCGGAUAUUGAAGCUGGGUAACGCUGUUGUACACACUAGUCCGGCACCUCAUUCUCCGGAUGGAAAGGGGGGUGUUAAUAGUCAUGUAGAAGCACCCAAAAAGUUUGCCCGGUUUUUUACUGGAAACAACAGCAAGAAACGUCAAAGAUUGGUGAUGAUUACAACCUGCGCCAGAGCCAUCGUUGCAGCCUCGGGUGGUGACAAAAAAAUGAAGAUGGAGAUCAACCUACAAGGGUCAGGCGUCAUUGCGAGGAAGGUUACUGACAGCACUUGGGCUAUUGAUACCCGCGACAAAACAUACACCUUUGAAGAUCCAAAGACCUCAGCGAGCGAGUGGCUGGAAACAAUAGAUCGUGCCCGGGAAAUCGCUAGUGCAAAUCACCCACCAGACGAUAGCUUUAUGGCGAGCACCUUGUCCAGCCCUUCAUCUACCCUCACUCUUGAGGCAAUCACCAGUCAUUCGCACCAACAAGCACGUGGCACUGGUGACAGUGGCGAUGGGCGAACAAACAAAAGAUUUUCGAAAAGGAAUUCUCGACACGGUUUAGCAGCGGUAUUUUGA